AUGUCUUACAAAGCAACAAUGGAAUUCGGGCUACAUUUGCACGAAUUCAAUAAUGUAGAUCUUUUCUAAUAGGGACUUUAUUAUUUAAGAAUGUCUUUGCAUCACAUUGACUCUAAAGGAAGGAAAAUAUUUGCCUAGCCAUAUAAUUUAGUUUAAUGUGAAGAAAAUCCAUAGAUCGCAGUUAAAUAAGAUAAAAAAUCAAAGGGAUUUGUUAGAUAAUUUGGAGAUGGCCAAAUAGAAGAUGAAACAUUUUCAUUUUGCACCCAAAAAUUCCCUAUCAGAUUUUGUGAAGAAACAGUUCCAUUGAAUUUAAUGUGUUUCUGGAGAUCUGAAGUUGAUGCUUAUCCAUAAUAUCAAAACAAUUAGUUUAUUUUAACAUGUGAGCUUAUGUGUGCAGAUUUUUCAAUGAUGGGUUAGUGCUAAAAUAAUCAGGAAAACGCAUUCAAAUAAGUCAGUCUAUUUGAGUGUUAAGUUAACAACAGCUCAUUUGGAAUUCACGAAUAUAUUCCUAUUUAAUUCAGUGGCCAUCAUUAUUGCUAAGCAGAAGCUACUUUCCACACCGUUUUGCUUGAUUUCAAAUUUAGACUUAGUGACUACUAACUAGAACUCAUGUCAAACAACCCUAACAAUAAAACAUAAGAAAAUGCUAUAGGAAAUUCUCUCCUGAUUCAGCCCAGCAGUUUCUUGGAGUUCCUCAAUAAAAUUACUUACAGAUUUAAAUAAGAGUAUGUCUAAUAAUUCUUUGAAUACUAUGUUAUUGGAUUGAGAAAAAGCUAUUAAAAUUUAAAGAAGGUUUUAGUUUAGGUUUUAGAUGCUUUUCCAGAGCUAAAAAGAGUUUCUGCCACAUUAUAAGAACCUAUUUUAGAGCUUCCUUACCCAGAAUUGCCUUCCUAAAAUAAAAUAUUCUCUUAACCUAAAGGAAUAACCCCUAUUCUUUCAUAAAAUAAAGGCUUUUAACAAGCUUAAAACAACCAAUAUCCCUAAUCUUAAAACGGUAUAAAUGUAUUAUCAUAUCAAUCAAUCAGUUAAUCAGGAGUUUCAACCUAACUUUCUUCUUAGCACUAAAGAUAACCUAUUUAUUAGCAAUAACAACCUCAAUUUUAACAAAUUUAAUAAAAUAAUAAUGCCAUCACUUAAGCUCUUGGAAUUAGCUCUAGCAAUCAUAUAAAUUAAAGUAGAUCAAUUCAGUAACAACCUUCACUUGACAAAGAAAUUCCUCAAAUUGCUAAAUUUUAUAACCUUAACGACUUUAAAUAAAUGGACUUAUUUUCUAAAUUUGUACUUUCAGAUAUGAAUAUAGUAUCAGGAAACAUAUUUUAAUUAUGGAAUAAGCUAAUUGAAUUACUCAGAAUUGAUGGUGAUCGCUCAAUAAAUUACUUAAAAAAACCUUACAUUUUAACAAUGAAAGAAAAAUGGGGAGAAGGUGUAAGUAGAGAUUAGUUCCCUCAUGACAUUACCUAGCCUAAAGAAAAGAAAACUGGCAAAUAAAACGAAAUAACUUCAAAUAUUUUGAGAUAAAAACUUGAAUUAAUGAUUGAACAUAACUCGGAACCUUUGAAUUUAGUUGAUUUAAAUUUAAUACCAUAAACAGACUUAAGACCUUUUUUGCUUGAAGAAAUAUAUAUUAACCCAUAUAAGAAAAUAAAUCCAUAGCAAAUUGAUAACAAGAAAUCUCACGUUAUUGUAUUGUGUCAUGGAUUUUAAGGAAACUAUUUCGACAUGAGAUUGGUUAAAAAUAAUUUAUAUUUAAUGUACCCUGAUGCUCUGUUUUUGAGCUCAAAGUCAAAUGAAGAAUUUACAAACGGAAAUAUAGCAGAUAUGGGAAAGAGAUUGUCUAUAGAAGUAACUUAAUACAUCAAAGAGUGGUGUCCUGGUGACACUCUUGGAAGACUAAGUUUUAUAGGUCAUUCUCUUGGUGGAGUUAUAAUUAGAGCAGCACUUCCUCAUCUCUCCGAAUAUAGUGAUAAAAUGUUUUUAUAUAUGUCUCUUUCUUCACCUCAUUUAGGUUAUAUGUAUAACUCAUCUAAGUUAAUAGAAGCAGGUAUUUGGUUCUUAAAGACAACUAGAAAGAGUGAGUGCUUAACAUAACUUCAUAUGAGUGAUGCAGAGUAAUUAGCAGAUUGUUAUUUAUAUAAAUUAACCAACUUACCUGGAUUGAAUUGGUUUAGAAAUAUAGCUUUGCUAAGCUCAUAUUAAGAUUAAUAUGUACCUUUUGAAUCAGCAAGAAUAUAAAAAUGUGAUGAAGCAUCUAAUGAAAAUUAGAAAGGAAGAAUUUAUAACUCAAUGGUAGAUAAUUUGUUAGGUCAGUUGAGAACAGACAGAAUUCAUAGAAUAGAUGUUAACUUUAAAAUAAAAGAUAAUAAAACAAUCAAGAAAACUAUUGAUAACAUGAUAGGCAGAUCCGCUCAUAUUUAAUUCCUCGAAAGUGAUGCGUUAGCAAAAACCCUCGUUUAUUGUUUUGAUCAUCUUUUCUAAUGA